GUGUUCGGCCCGAGCCCCCUUGGCCCCCUGUUGUGGCCCGGCUGUAGCGGCCCGUUGUGCUCCCGCAGGUGGUGGCGGUUGUGACCUUCCUCUGCUUCGCUGCCUCCCGCUCGCACGAAGCCUACACGGCGCUGGCGGUGAUGGAGGCGCUGAUCACGCUGCUGUUCUUCCUGCUGUACCUGCUGAAGCUGGACAAGAAGCUCACCUGGCUCUUCUGGCCGCUGGCCGACAUUUUCAACUCGGUGGUUGCAGCUCUGUUCCUCCUAAUUGUGGCCUUGUUUGCACUCAUCAUCAAAACCAACCACGGGACGCUGGCCGGAGGAGUGUUCGGCCUUGUGUUGCUUGUUCUGUGUGUUGUUGAUGCCGUUGUUCUUUUCCAGAAGAUUAGCAUCAGUAGGCCCAGGGAAAGGAACGCUCCUGCAAAGUAGGACUUCCAUUGCAGUGAAAGGAAAGUGCCUUCAUUGUUUUACUGCUCGCUUGUUAAAUAAAUGGAUCUUCAUACGUUCACCUUUCAGCUUCCUGCAUUUUGCAAAUGUUACUCCCAAGUUUUCUCAUGUUUAUGGAUACUUCACUGUUUCAGUCUCACCGUUUUAAACUUCAGAGAAUUGUCCUGUGUGUAAGAGAACUGAUUUCGUAAUUGUCUUUAAUAAAAGUCCAUUCUUGAACAUU